AGAUUGGUCCCUCGCUGACCAAUUGGGAUGUCCGGAGAGCAGGGCAGCUCUCCUGUCUGCAGAUAUAAACCAGGGCUCCAGGUGAAGUCCCAUCAUCACACAGCAACCAUGAGGUCUCUCGUCUUCGUUCUGCUCAUCGGAGCUGCUUUUGCCACGGAGGAGGAUAAGAUCGUCGGAGGGUAUGAGUGCAAGCCCUACUCUGAGCCCCAUCAGGUGUCCCUGAACUCUGGCUACCACUUCUGUGGAGGCUCCCUGGUCAACGAGAACUGGGUUGUGUCUGCUGCUCACUGCUACAAGUCCCGUGUGGAGGUUCGUAUGGGAGAGCACAACAUCAGGGUCACCGAGGGAAACGAGCAGUUCAUCCGCUCCUCCCGCGUCAUCCGCCACCCCAACUACAGCUCCUACAACAUCAACAACGACAUCAUGCUGAUCAAGCUGAGCACGCCCGCCACCCUCAACCAGUACGUGCAGCCUGUGGCUCUGCCCACCAGCUGUGCCCCCGCUGGCACCAUGUGCAGAGUCUCCGGAUGGGGCAACACCAUGAGCUCCUCCGCUGACAAGAACAAGCUGCAGUGCCUGAACAUCCCCAUCCUGUCUGAGAGGGACUGUGAAAACUCCUACCCUGGCAUGAUCACCAACGCCAUGUUCUGCGCUGGAUACCUGGAGGGCGGCAAGGACUCUUGCCAGGGUGACUCUGGUGGACCCGUCGUGUGCAACGGUGAGCUGCAGGGUGUUGUGUCCUGGGGCUAUGGAUGUGCUGAGAGGGACCACCCCGGUGUCUACGCCAGGGUCUGCAUCUUCAGCGACUGGCUUGAUCGCACCAUGGCCAGCUACGUAUCCAGCGCACACCAUGCGGUCAGUGAUCUUGCCGGGGUAGGAAGCAUCACAAUCCUUGUAGGACAGAAUGGGGACUUCGACACACUGAAGAUGUUCCCCCAUCCAGACACCGUGCACAUGUCCCCGGGUGCGGCGCAGGAACUGGGCAGGGCGACAGGCUUGACGUACUGGUUCACGGUGACGGGGUGCGCCAGCUUCAUCAGCAUGAUGUCAAAGUCCAGAUGCCAAGACUGUGAGAACACAGAUGGGGUCAACAGAAAGAGGGAGGAGAGGAAGACGAGGGGGAGGACAAGCACAACGGGGCUGGUGGGACAUAAAUAUGAGCCAGGGUGUAUCCAGGUGUCUUCUGAUCAUUCACCUGACAACAUGAGACUGCUGGCUCUGCUGCUGAUGAUCGGAGCUGCUGCGGCAGUUCCCCGUGAAGAUGGAAGGAUCAUUGGCGGGUGGGAGUGUAGUCCUCACUCUCGUCCAUUCAUGGCCUCCCUCAACUAUGGUUACCACUUCUGUGGUGGGGUGCUCAUCAACAAUCAGUGGGUGCUCUCCGUCGCUCACUGUUGGUACAAUCCCUACGCCAUGCAGAUCAUGCUGGGAGAACACGAUAUGCGAGUGUUCGAGGGUACAGAGCAGCUCAUGAAGACCGAAAACAUCAUCUGGCACCCUAGUUAUGACUACCAGACUCUGGAUUUUGACAUCAUGCUGAUCAAGCUCUUCCACCCAGUGGAGGUGACCGACGCAGUCGCACCAAUCCCAUUGCCCACAGGGUGCCCGAUGGGGGGGCUCCCCUGCUCUGUGUCUGGCUGGGGAAACACUGCCCUCGGUGGCGAAGCGGUCAUGCCCACCCUUCUGCAGUGUUUGGACGUGCCCAUAAUAGACGACCAGGACUGUAAGAACGCCUAUCCUGACAUGAUCUCACCCAGGAUGGUGUGUGCCGGAUUCAUGGAUGGAGGCAGAGACGCAUGCAAUGGCGACUCCGGCAGCCCUCUGGUGUGUGCCGGAGAGCUCCAAGGCCUGGUGUCAUGGGGUCAGGGAUGUGCUCUGCCAAACUACCCCGGAGUCUACGUCAAAGUGUGUGAGUUCCAUUGGUGGAUUCAAGAAACCCUGGCAGCAAACCCCUGA